AUGGUACACUUGACGUUGAUCGCCAGCCUAGUCUUCGGCUUUGUCGCCGCGUCCACCGCCGGCAUCACCGAUGAUGGCACCGAAGGUUUGUCAGCGGUGGGAGCUCCUUGGGAGGACAGCCGUUUGGACGAGAGGAUUUACGCGGACAGCCCAAACUAUCUGACGUUUCAGCUGAACAGCAAGAGAUAUUCCGUACCCUAUCACCCGGUGGCCAGGUUGAGAGCCAGUCAAUCGGCCGGCGUGGUGCUACCGUACGCCAUGAUCGCCAACAGGAACUACAUAAACGACGAAGGAAACCGAUUCGAAUCAGUGUGGAAACCUACCGCAGCCGAACUACUGACUGUGCUGAUGAACCGUCGGAAGAACGCGGACACAGGAAUGGACAACACAAAUUUCAUGCGAUUCGGUAUCAGUAAAAGGACGCGUUUCGACGAUAAAUAA